GCAGUUUUUGUGCAGGAGUCGGGAAUGGGGGAUGGCAGGCUAGGCUGCAGAGUAGAAGAGAUUAUGAAACUAAUACCAUUGUGGCUCAAACGUAGUGUCAGAGUCCUGUAGUAAACAGGAAUGCAUGUAGAGCCAAAAUGGCUGACACAGAUGGCGUUUCAUAACCUCCUCUACGCUAAACCUUGGGUGGGUGAAGGGGUCCCUCUGUGCUUUUACUCAACUCCUCGAAUACCCCUGCCGCCUUGAUAUGUCGGAGUCUACACAAGGAGACUUACAAAUCAGAAAAAAAUUAACCAAGGAGAAAUAGAUUUGAAGCGUUACAUUUUUAAACAAUGCAUUAAUAACGAAAGAGAAGGUUCGUGGCGACCGGGUUUAUGAAGAUGAAGGUGCCUCAGGUAUGGGUACUCUGUGCAUACAUCACAGGACCUAGUGACUUCUCAGCGAGUCGCGCCAGUCCCUGCAGGACCAUCUCUAUAAACACACACCUGUGAGGAAGGGAGGAAGCCACUGCCAUUUCCUGAGCAUCCCUGGAGACCAGCGCUGGGAAUGUAUCACUCCAGCCCUCCAGCCUAGAGCACAGGCCUGUUGUGAGGGGGAGUGGUGGUUCAGGCAAACGCAUGAGAGGGAGGAACUUCCUGACAAAUGGAGAAUUACUUUCAAACAGAAGCCUUUAACCUUGACAAGGUGCUGGAUGAGUUUGAACAGCACGGAGAUGGGACGGACACCCCCGCUUUAUCAGAUGCAAAGUGGACUCAGAUUUUAGCUCCGUCACCUCAUCUGCUCUCCCUCAAUCCAGCCCUGGCGAACCCGGGUGAAAGCGAGGGCCUGUGUACCAGAGAUCCCCAGCUGAGGUUCAAAUCCCUUUCUGAGACCCCAGCUGUUGACAAGGGAGGAGGAGGAGGGGAUAACUGCUCAAACGGGAGUGACAGAAAAAAAAACCCAGACCCAGAUGCCACCCACUGGAUCAACGAACGGCAAGUAGCCGAUAGUCAAACGCUCAACAAAAAUGUGGACUUUGAGGUGUGUCCAAGUCCCCAACAGGAGAACACUAUGGAACAUGACAGCAGGACAAUGUUAAAUGUGGAUCCUGUGAGCUGCCAAUCACAGUUUAACAAGGGAAGCCCAGCUCUUGAGAACGGUUGUCCAGAAAUUGCUGAUAUCAAUGGUUGUGCAGAACAUACAGGGUGCAGUUGUAAUCUGGCACACUUUGAGGUCACUUCAGAUAAUCGCAUGGGGAUUACAGAUUUCAAUUGUUUAGAUACCUGCAAGAAUGAGGUUUCAGGUCAAUGCGAAGGUAAUCCUUCAAAACUCACUAAUCAUUGUCCCAUUGCUGCAGAAGUAGAAAAAGAGAGUAGUGGUUUGUCUACAGCAAAUGAAUGUACUGUCACUGCUGAACUCGAGAGGAUUGGCUUCCAGCCACCGCAAUAUGAGACUCUCCAAAAAGAUGGCAUGAUCAUUGGGUCACCAAAGGGAGUUGGGGACACCAGUGAUUCCCACAGGCAUCAGGUCCCUUGGUGUAGAGAGAGCAAAUUUGUAGCAACUGGAUCAGCCGAAUUUAUGGCACUUGCAGGAGAGAAUAUCUUAGAGUCGUGCAAUAGUGGUUAUGCCAAAGCAGAAGAGAUGGUUAAUGGGGGGUUUACUGGAUUUGGUGAGGCACCAGAUAAAAAUGAGCUUGAUAUGUCCUCCAUCGGGGAAUUGAGCCACACCGAAGAGAAUGACAACAUAGCUGUCUGUCUUGCUGUAGAAGGAGAAAGGAAAUCUGAAUCUGCUGUUUGUGCAGAGCCCCCCUCCUGCUUUCUUAUGAACGGUUUGGACUCGGAUGAGCUGCAGAGGAUCAUAGAUGAGGACCCUACCUCCCAGCCUCCUCCCUCUAAAGAAGACUCGGUGACAGAGGAGAAGGAGAUGGAGGAGAGCAAAUCAGAAAGCUACGAGCAGAUAAGGGGUCUUGAGGUGGGUGUGGCAAUAACUCCAGGACCUCCCACCACUUCCAAGAAGCUGAACAGCAGCAGCCUGCAGCCUGUGAGCAUCCCCGUUGGUGGUGCCCGGCCAAAGCAGCCAGUCAACCUCAAACUGCAGAUCCCCCGGCCACUCUCCGGCCAGGUGCAGAACGAGCUCGGGCAGCCUGGCAAAAACAAGAAUGUGGAGCCGCAGAGUCAGACAAACACCGGGGAGCUCCUGUCUGGAGGAGAGAGCUUUGGAGGCGAGACAACUGUAGCAGGUCCCAACGGGGAGAGCACUGUUGCCUUGGAUACAGGGGCUUCUCUUACCCCACCUGGCAUGCUGCUGCCCCCUGAUAGUCCUGAUAACGACCUCCAAGCAGAACACUUUGGGGUUCUGUCCAAAAAGCCCUUCUCUGCCCUAGGGGAGGUUGCCCCAGUUUGGGUCCCUGAUUCGCAGGCACCCAUCUGUAUGAAGUGUGAGGCCAAGUUUACCUUCACGAAGAGGAGGCAUCAUUGCCGGGCCUGCGGGAAGGUAUUCUGUGCAACGUGUUGCAGCCUGAAGUGCAGGCUAGUGUACAUGGAUCGAAAGGAAGCCCGGGUCUGUAUCACUUGUCACUCUGUGCUAAUGAAUGCUCAAGCAUGGGAGGACAUGGAAAGCGCUUGCAGCCAGAGUCCGAACCCCAACAACCCUGCGGAGUACUGCUCCACCAUCCCUCCCCUGCAGCAGGCACAGGCCUCUGGGGCUCUCGGCUCGCCCCCGCCCACUGUCCUGGUACCAGUGGGAGUCCUGAAGCACCCUGGCACUGAAGGCACGCUCCCCCGGGACCAGAGGCGGGUCUGGUUUGCUGAUGGGAUCCUGCCAAAUGGAGAAGCGGCUGACUCUGCAAAGCUGGCAGUCGAUGGGCCAGCCCCUUCAGGACCCCUGGCUGUGUCACAUGACCCUUCCAAACAGCCGGCAGCCAAUCCUGCAGCUGCUUCUUUUGAGGCUGCUUCUGUCCCUUCUGCCCAGGGGAGUGCUCCUCCGGUUGGCAGCCCCAUAGGGAGCUCCAUGAACCUGAUUCCCAAAGACGGGCUCCCUCCCAUACUCAUCUCCACCGGCAUCAAAGGAGGUAUGGGGAGCCAGCUCACAGACUUUGCAGUAGAAGAACAGCCCUCUGAAAUCUCUGUGAUGCAGCAGUUGGAGGAAGGUGGCCCUGACCCGCUUGUCUUUGCUCUCAACGCCAACCUGCUGGCCAUGGUCAAGCUGGUCAACUAUGUGAACCGGAAGUGCUGGUGCUUGACGACGAAGGGGAUGCACGCGGUGGGGCAGGCGGAGGUGGGGAUCCUGCUGCAGUGCCUUCCCGACGAGAAGAGCAUCCCCAAGGAUGUCUUUAGCCACUUCGUCCAGCUCUACCAGGAAGCACUGGCAGGUAGCAUGGUGGGUCACCUGGGCCACUCGUUCUUCACACAGCGUUUCCUUGGCAGCAAGGAGCAUGGCGGGUUCCUCUACGUCACCCCGUCCUUCCAGUCUCUGCAGGACCUGGUGCUGCCGAACCCCCCCUACCUCUUUGGGAUCCUCAUCCAGAAGUGGGAGACCCCCUGGGCUAAGGUCUUCCCCAUUCGCCUCAUGCUGCGGCUGGGAGCAGAGUACAGAUUCUAUCCCUGCCCGCUGUUCAGUGUCCGAUUCAGGAAGCCUCUGUUCGGGGAGACUGGCCACACCAUUAUGAACCUGCUAGCAGAUUUCCGAAACUACCAAUACACGUUGCCAGUGGUGAAUGGAUUGGUAGUCGAUAUGGAAGUGAGAAAGACCUGCAUCAAGAUUCCCAGCAACAGGUACAAUGAGCUGAUGAAGGCGAUGAACAAGUCAAAUGAGCAUGUGCUGGCGAUGGGGGCCUGUUUUAACGAGCGGGCAGAUUCCCACCUGGUCUGUGUUCAGAAUGAUGAUGGGAACUAUCAGACUCAGGCAAUCAGCAUCCACAAUCACCCACGGAAAGUUACAGGAGCUAGCUUUUUUGUGUUCAGUGGUGCUCUGAAAUCAUCUUCUGGGUACCUGGCCAAGUCCAGCAUUGUAGAAGAUGGAGUGAUGGUGCAGAUCACAGCAGAGACGAUGGAGGCUCUUCGGCUGGCGCUGCGGGAGAUGAAGGACUUCACGAUCCCCUGUGGGAAAGCAGACCAGGAGGAGCCCCAGGAACACGUGCAUGUGCAGUGGGUGGAGGAUGACCGGAACUUCAACAAGGGGGUCAUCAGCCCCAUUGAUGGGAAAUCCAUGGAGUCCAUCACUAGUGUGAAGAUAUUCCAUGGCUCCGAGUACAAAGCCAAUGGAAAGAUCAUCCGGUGGACAGAGGUGUUUUUCCUCCAGAGCGAUGACCAGCCGAACAGCCCGAGUGACCCUGCUGACCACAGCCGUCUGACUGAGAGUGUGGCUCGAGCGUUUUGUAUGGCACUCUGCCCUCAUCUUAAACUGCUCAAGGAGGACGGGCUGGCCAAGCUGGGACUGCGUGUGAUGCUGGACUCUGACCAGGUGGGGUACCAGGCUGGCAGCAAUGGGCAGCCUUUGCUCCCUCAGUACAUGAAUGACCUGGACAGUGCCCUGGUGCCAGUGAUCCAUGGGGGGGCCUGCCAGCUGAGUGAGGGGCCUGUGGUGAUGGAGCUCAUCUUUUACAUCCUUGAGAACAUCUCCUAGAGGAGGGGAAAGGACCCCAAUGACACUACUUCCUCCUGUUACAUCGACUUUGCUCAAUCAUUUGCACUUGAAUUGCCUAAAAGCUGUGCUGGAAAGCGUUCCUCUCGACUCCAGAUAUUCUAUGCACCGUUUCAGACUUCUUUCAGGACCAGGGCAGCUGAGUGUCAGACAGACACAGGACAGUCUUCAUCUAGGGGGACAGGGCCAGCCUUGCCAAGCUAACAGGCUACCAUGUGAAAGUGGAACCCCUCAAAACAAUUAUAUUCUGAAAUUCUUGUCACUGUGAUGCCCCUGGGCGCUGACUGUGGGGUGGAUCCUGGUUUAUUGUGGAGCCUUUGAGGAUCUCAUUAUUGCUGCCCUAUGUGGCCCCACAUUUGAUACCCACCAGAGGCUGGCUCUGUUAAUACACAUGGCACCCAGAUUGGAGAUGAGCAGAAGGUCAUGUGAAAGAGUCGUCAUCAUUCAUAACAAGGACUUUCCUCUUCCACAGAAAUUGUGCUCAGAAAUUAGGGAUUAAGUAAAACGAGAAAAAAAAAAAAUGUAUACACAAUUUUGGCUAUUCCCAUAGCCAAUAACCUUUUGGCUUGUGUUAUGACAGAUGUUUAAUUAAAAGUACACAGCUAGUUUUACCUUAAUAAUCGAUUGAAGUUGAAAUUAUGGAUGACUGCUAUGGCUGGCAGUGCUUUUGUCUUUCACAAGUCAGAUUUCUGUUCCGCUGUGUACAACGAUGUGGGUACCAAACCCAAGGUAUGACACUGGCCAUGAGUUUAACAUUUGUAGAUGAGCAGCUCUAGCAGUAUUUCCAUUGUAUGCUUUCACAAAAUUCAGGGAAGACACUUAAGACUUUAAGACAAAAUGAUGAAUCCCUGUUGUGAGUUUAAAGACUGUCUCAAAAAGAAUGCACUCAAAAUCCCAAAGCCUUAUUUAACAACAGAAGGAAAUAAGUGGUUGCAACUCCCAUGGGUGAAACAAACUGGAUUAUCAUAGAUCUGCUGUUUCCACCCUCAUGGGAUAUGGGAUGCAGAAAAGCCCACUGAUCUGGCUUUUGAGCAGGUCUUCUGAAGCUUAGACUGAUUGCUGUCACAUUUUGGUCCUGUUUUCAGGAUUCAUCACAUGAUCGAAAAGCUAUAAAUUAUGUUCAAAUUAUUUACAUAAAUGUUUAAAUUAUUUGACGACGUUUCUGGUUGUAGCACUUAAGCUCUACAACUUGUGUCAGAAGCCUAUAAAAUAAUACAUAAUUAAAAAAGGAAAAAAUAUCAAGAAUUGUAUGGAUCCUGAGCCAUUUUGAAAUAAGUAUUAUAGUGACCUGGAGGGUAAUUUGUUUUAAAAACCUAAUGUUUAUGAUGUUUAUGAUGUGAAGAGGGUUAACAACAAUUAAUGUAUUGUACCAGUGGAUUGCUGUGCAAAUGCAGACCCCCCCUGCCUUUUUUUGUGAUAUACAUAUACAGUAUUCUCACACAUUUAUCUUGCUCAUCUUUGCAGUUUAAUUUUAAACAUGGCUGUUUUUAUAUGUGUCGCCAUGUCCUUGGUCAUUAAUCAACUGGUUAAGUUCCUAAACUAUUUUCUGUCCGUACCUAUUAUCUAUAGAAGUUCUGAUGAAGUGGAACCAAUGCAUUCAAGAGAUGACUAUUGAAUAACACUAAAUAAACCAAAUUGUUAUACAUGUAGCAUUUUUAAAGCAUCAGGGGAUGGAUGCUUUAUGAAAAAAUAAAACCGGGACCACACUACAGGGACAGCUAUUAAAGAUGAUGUGGCCCCUGGAGAGAACCAGUUGAAAGGGAGUAAAAUACUGUAGGGCCAUUAUGUCUUACUCUUUGUUCUUGAUGUCAGUUUUAAAGAGUCUUUAUUUAAGGGCAAUUCAUAACGCUGCUGCCCAGCAGUAGUCAUAUGAGGUUUCUUCACAACACCAAGCUGUUGCAAUUAACUUCUGGGUAGCAGCAUGUGCUUGCUUAUCUGUGGUGAGAAAUUGCAAGGACCCAUUUUAGGGUGGAUGGGAUGGCUGAGUGCAAACCUUUUAGGAGAGGGCUUGAACAUUUUGCACAUGAAUGCAGAGGGGCUAGCACACUACGGAGACGUGAGUAGCAGGUAGCACUUUGGUAAAAACUGACUUUUUUGUAUCGUUUUUUUCCCCCCACUGAGCUCUGUCAGUCUUUGACAUAGUAGCAUAAAAGAGGCUACCACCUCAUCCAAAACACUGGCAUUUAAAAAGGGAAACUAUGAGAACUGUUACAUGUAUUUAAAAGCCAAAAAAACAUAUAAACCUGUACAUUUGUUUUUCUUUAUUGUACACUACAACUCUGUCAAUAA